AAACCUGCACAGGAAGUGGACGCAGGUCAGCGGGACGACGUUUCGCAAUUAUUCUCGUUCAUUUUUAACAUGUCUCAAGCUAAUGUGCACCCAGGGAUAGUUAUGAGUGGUUAGCUUGACGUUUAGCUUGUUCUCGGCUCCGUCUGGUACUUAGACAUUGCAGAAGCAAAGGCAGCCAUCACAGUCAGCCUCCUCAGCCAGUCCUGUCAUCCAUCACAUGAGUGGCUGUUCAAUGCCUAACACAUCAGAAGGUCAAGGAGCAAACCUAUCUGGGCCAGCAGAACCAUCAGGGCUGCAGAGGCCCACCCAUGGGGAGGAGGAGCGCGGUCUGAUCAGCUCCCUCACAAGGGAUGCUGCGAGGGUGAGGAGGGCUUCUAGCGCUGAGCUCCACCUGCCGUGGACCUGUCCGGUCACACACUCCAGGGAGAAGUUCUACACGGUCUGCUCAGAUUAUGCCCUUCUCAACCAGGCUCCUUCUGUGUACCGUCCCCCAAACGCAGCCAGGGAUGUGGUCCCGAACAAGCAGGAUAAUGGGUCAUCGCUUGUGAAGCCCAAACCCUCUGCUGACUUGAGCGCCGGCCAGUCUGGAGGAGCCCAUGUGGGGUCAGACGGGGACUGUGACAUGAUGGAGAUGUCCUCUGGUCACAUGAAGCCUAUUUUGGCCUGGGAGAUCGAUACCACAGACUUCAAUGCUGUGCUCACUAGAAAAACAAGAACAAGCAAUGUGAAGAAAUGCAGCACCAAGAAGAUGAAGUCAUCGGACAGACCCAGCCGUAAUCUGCAGGACGCCUCCCCUCACGCCUCACUGGAGGAGAUCAAACAGAGAAAAGUGCUCGACCUCAGAAGAUGGUACUGCAUCAGUCGGCCACAGUACAAGACUUCAUGUGGGAUCUCUUCGCUGGUGUCCUGCUGGAAUUUCUUGUACAGCACUCUGGGUGCAGGGAGUCUUCCACCCAUCUCUCAGGAGGAGGCUCUGCAUAUUCUGGGUUUUCAGCCACCUUUUGAAGAAAUCAAGUUUGGUCCCUUCACUGGCAACGCUACACUAAUGCGAUGGUUCAGACAAAUCAACGACAAUUUCCGAGUGCGAGGUUGCUCCUACAUUCUGUACAAACCACAUGGGAAACACAAGACAGCAGGAGAAACAGCUGAAGGAGCGCUGAUGAAACUGACACAAGGCCUGAAGGAUGAGUAUAUGGCCUACAUUUACCACUGCCAGAACCAUUACUUCUGCCCAGUGGGCUUUGAAGCCACGCCACUCAAAGCAGCAAAAGCAUAUAGGGGCCCUCUCCCCACAAAUGAAAUGGAGUACUGGAUCCUUAUUGGAGAGCCCAGCAGGAAACACCCCGCGAUUCACUGUAAAAAAUGGAUGGACAUUGUGACCGACCUCAACACACAAAACCCAGAAUACCUGGACAUCCGUCACACGGAGAGGGGGAUUCAGCGCCGUAAAACCAAAAAGGUGGGUGGCAACCUGCACUGCAUCAUGGCCUUCCAGAGGGUGAACUGGCAGAAGCUCGGCCCGUGGGCUCUCAACUUGGAGAACCUGCGCCACGACUUCCACCACUCGGGCUCAGAGAGGGCACACGGAGGCGCCACGGACGAGGCGGAGGAGAGGACGUCGUCCAAGCGCCUGGCCAACCUGGGACGCUCACACAGUAUGGGAAGUCAGAAAGACACCAACUGGAAACGGCUGUCCAACUCUACAGAGUACAGACAGAGGAGCUCCCCCGACAGCGACCUCGAAGAAGACAUCACAGACUGACAAGGUUUAUCAGGACGUUAAGUAGCAGACCUUACAAUACAGUACAGUGGAUGAGGCUGGUGUUAGUCUAUAUUUUACUGCAGGCAAAUCCCAUGAAAAGGCCAAAACUGACACAGUGAAGCGCUCUGACAUCCUCACCCUGUCUGUGGCACUCAGGCUUAAGUUAAUUCUUUACAAUUGAAGAAGUAAAUCUUUAAAUAUACAGUUAAAUUUUUAAACCUGUGAGAAUGAUUUGUUUGGCCACAUGGGGGCAGAGGAAACUCGUUGUUAACAAAACACUGAUCCGCCAUCAUCUCUGAAGUUGAUGUGGGGAACUUAAUGAAGCGUAACAGUUGUUUAUUUUCACAUCCAGCCAUUACAGAGUGACAUCAACAUGCACUUUGGAUGAAUAUUCACUGUCUUCCCAAGCAAACACGUUGUCUUUACCUUGACAUGUGGCAAAAUUUCCCUCCAGAUUUUCAUACUCCAAUUACUUUUCAGUUACUCACUUGACCAGCAAAUGAUGAAACGAUAACGAUUUGUCAGAUUCUCUGCGUUUUUCAACCUGAAGCAAAGCAUCAUAACUUUAUCCUGGGAUUAAGGUUUCCCACACUGAGCUGGACCUCAGAGGAAAAUGGCCACUGUGUAUAUUCAGUGGAGCUCUGUCGCAGAGAAAUAAGAGAUAACAGGAUUUGGACACACAGACACUUAUCGCUCAUUACUGCCUUUUCAUGGGAUUCGUCAUUAAUAAGAAAAUUGUAGACUAUCACCAGACUUGGUGUGUAAUGUUUUUUUAAAGACUGUCAGAUGUGUAAUCAACUCAGCUGUCAUUUUUGGGGCCAUAUUUGUAGUUUUUAAUGCUUUUUAAGUAGUUCUCAGUAAGGAUCUGCCUGAUGAAACUUUUUGUUUUGCCAAGUUUCUGUCCUUUACUCGUGCCUGCAAACGCACACCAACUACUUUAAAUCAAUAACAAUGGCAGCUACACAAAUGAGCCACAUUCAGCAGCGUGUGCAGUUUUUAUGCUUUCGGUUGAGCAUAUGAAGGCAGAACUGCUGCUGUCGGAGUUGCUAACGCCUGACAGCACAUCGAACUACGGCCUCAAAAAUGAACUAUUGAGUGGUUACAACUUCACAGCUAUUGUAUUAUAAGGUGUCUCUGUUAUUAAGUCCAUCCCCUGUGUUAUAUUAAAAGGGGAUAUUAGGAGUUCUCACUACAGGAUUAUUUGUAUUCCAUCCUACUGAUAAUCAUAUUUAUCUUUAUUUAAUCAUGGUUAUAUCGCGUCACCUUAACCUCACUGCAGUGAUACUGUGCACAUUAUUAUAUUCAACUCUAGGUUAAACAGGACAUUCACACACAUUUGCUGUAAAUUCUGUUCAAAUCUGACACACUUCCCAUAAUUCAUUGUACAGGUAGGUGGGCUUGUUUUGACGUGCAGUGGUUAGUUCAGUGGAAAUACCGUCCAGUUCCAGUGUCGUGAAAGCUGCUGACAUUUCGUUGUGCUUUGUGAAACCUACAGUAAGAACCGUCAUGUAGAUGAUCCCAGUUUUUAAAUAGACGGGAGCUGUACAGAAGUGAUCCCUCGAUCCCUCGAAAAAUCUUUCAAAAUGUGAAAAUUACUGAAAGUGAAGACUGCAUGGUUCAUUUUCAUGUUCAUGUACAGACAUGGUUUGUUCUCACCAAUCUGUUUGCACCUCCGCCACAUGUCUCUGACCCAACACAAGCGUCAUUUGAUGUAAUGGUUUAUUUAUUAAUUUUCCAAUAAACUAAGUUUUUUUUUAAUAAACA